CUUCUUUUUCAGAUAACUUUGAUGUCUGGUAAUAUAGGAAUGAGUCUGGACUUCUCAGAGGUCCAUUCGCAGGAAAACCAGCAAGAUAGUAUCCAUCGAGAAGAUGAAGAUAGUGCGCAGAAAUUCCACAUAGAAGGAACUCCGGAAGAUAUGCCUGGGGAGCUUCACAUAGAGGGAACUCAGGAGGUGAUGUCUGAAGAGUUUCACAUAGAAGGAACCCAGGAAGCGAUGCCUGAAGAAUUUCACAUAGAAGGAACCCAGGAAGCGAUGCCUGAAAAGUUUCACAUAGAAGGAACCCAGGAAGCGAUGCCUGAAAAGUUUCACAUAGAAGGAACCCAAGAAGCGAUGCCUGAAGAGUUUCACAUAGAAGGAACCGAACGAGCGGUACUUGAAGAAGAUGUGAAUACCUUCUCCGUGGAGGCGCAACCGGAUACUGAGAUGGUCAACUUCGCACAGGACACAGAGGUUGACUUUGAAAGCUCAGCUGUAUUUGAAAAUACUGAAGCUAAUGACGAACAAGAUUUCGUGGAUACCGCUAGUAGUAAUAACUCUGCUACUAGUAAUGACCACACUGCAGAAACUGAAACUACUGAAUCUAGCAGUAAUACCAGGAAGCCCCCCUUUGCGCCCGUUGUUUCAGCCUCUCAAAAACCCGCCGCAUCUGCUAAUUCAAAACGCCCUUUUACGCCCUUGAAAAGGAUGGACCAAUUGAAACCAACGGGGGAGCCUGCUCCCGCUGCUGUAGGUACUACGGCGGCGGCCAAAAGAGCAAAUGUGCCUCCCCCUUUCGCGAAAAGAGGCGCUACUACAAGUGCCAGUGGUCCGCUGUCACAGACAGGCGCUGUUGCACAGCAACAUCAACCACCGCCUUUUGCAAAACCGCAAUCACAAAAAAGGGAUCCGGUGAAACCAGACUCCAACAAACCUCAGCCGACUAGAACGCUCAAAUGUCAGAUGUGUAAUGUGUUCUCAAACAACGAAUAUCAGAUGAAUCUGCACUUAAACGGCAGACCACAUCGAGAACGUCUCGAAAAAGAAAAGACAAAAUCCUUGUCGCAAGCGAAGAAACCGCAACGUAAAAGGGGUGGGUACGCAAUGGAUCCCGAUGCGAGAAACAAAAGGUUGUUUGAUCAGAGUGAACACGGCAAAGUUUUCCAAGAUGACGCUGCUAACCCGAAUAAAAUGCCGGUUGGGAAUCAAGGUUUGGGUGCUAGACUUUUUGGCGGAAGACCGGGGUCGAUGCCACCACCGGAUAGAAAUUUAACUCCGGGCAGAGGAAGAGGCGCUCAAUUUCCACGACAAGAGGUUCCUGGAUUUGGAAGAGGACGACAAGUUCCCCAUGAGAUGCAUGGAAACGCGAAAAUACCUCCUUUCAGAGCACCGAAUCCGGGCCAAGAUCAUUUUGGAACUAGACCUACGUUUGGUCAACAAAGAGGAGUAGAACCCGGUUUCGACGGAAUGAACUCGAUGCCGGAUCAGUACAACUUCUCAAAUGAUAUUAACACCUACAAUCAGGGAAAUCAACAACAGAGGCAGACUGGACCACCUGGAUUUGGUAACCCGAGAGAGUUGGAGCGUGAACCAUAUCCCGUAGAUUACGGUUACGAGAGACCACCUACUGGAUAUGCAGCGGAAAUGGGAAGGGCAACAGCUCACAAGACUGAUAGAGAUCAAGUACUUGGGAAACCACCGGCGCCAAUUAAACUGCACCCAGAGGCUCCGUACAGUGACUUAAAUGGUUUCUACCCAGCUGAGGAAACAUGGCUGCCAGAAGGUGGAUUCUUAGUCCGAAGACGGCAUCCUGCUACUGCACCCAAUUUUGGCGCUCCUCUGCCUCUCGCACCUCGACCACUUCCAUUUGCUGAACCGCCUAUGAGGCCGUCACAGGUUGAAGUUUAUGAAAAUGUGAGACCACACCCCCAAACGGCUGCACCUUUCAGACGAACCGAGCCUUUGAUGCAGAGACCACCGGUUGGACGGCCGGAAGAAUAUGUGUUUUCAGAACCGCCGCGACCUGCUGUUGUAAUGCAUGAACAAAGACCAGCUGCUGGAAGGAGGCCAUUUAGACCAGCAGUUCCUGUGGCAAGAAAGGAGUUUCCUCCACCUCCGCCAAUGGGGGUCCGGCAGCAAGUUGUGGUGAUUAGACGAACAGUGCCUGUAAUGGCUGCGAGAGAUCCUCUUGAGCGAGAUCCAUACGCAAGGCCUCCUCCUGAAGUUAACACUGCAUUUGGAUACCCCAGAUUUUAACAUGCAAGACUCUUGGCGUUUUAAAAUCCAAACUGAAAUUGAUAUGUUGUUAUUUUUUGCUUAAUUAUCGUUCGAUGUUUGUAUCACAGUCGUCUCCGAAUUAAAA